AUGGUCAUCGAUGCUGAAGCCUGGGAGAUCUUGCGCAGCAAACUGAGCCUGGAGUUUGCAGUCAAUGUGGUGAGCGUACGGGUGCCGUUCACAAAAGUGACCAAGGAGGAUGGCCUGCGGCUGCUGGAUGUGCUUAGCAUCAGCAAGCCAGAUGAUGACCCCUUUCCAGGAGAGGAUUUUGAAGAUGGCGCACACCUGCCAGCAGCUGUGCAGCAAUGCACUGGGUUCAAUGUGGCUGGCGAUAUCGUGCGGCACGUCGGCAAGGAGCUUGCUGUUCGCUGCUUUGUCGGCCAUCCACGAGAGAACCCCAAAGAGGCUGGAUGUCGUGAGCUGAUAAGCCCCGUGCUGGCAGCGGCAGCACUCCUCGCUGGGGAGGUGCAGAUGCAUGCUGAGUACAGCGUGGCAGGAGUGGAGGCACAUGGCACUGUGGACUGGGUCAUGAACUUCAAGGACUUCAGCGUUGUGGUGGUGGAGGUGAGCAUCAUCUGA